AUGAAAAGUGACAACCAUAGCUUCUUAGGGGACCCCCCUAAAGCCUUCAUCCUUCUGGGUGUGUCUGACAGGCCAUGGCUGGAACUCCCUCUCUUUGUGGUCCUCCUGCUGUCCUAUGUGCUGGCCAUGUUGGGGAACGUCGCCAUCAUCCUGGCAUCCUGGGUGGAUCCUCAACUCCACAGCCCCAUGUACAUCUUCCUCAGUCACCUGUCCUUCCUGGACCUCUGCUAUACCACCACGACAGUCCCUCAGAUGCUGGUCAACAUGGGCAGUUCCCAGAAGACCAUCAGCUAUGGAGGCUGCACUGUGCAGUAGGCAGUCUUCCACUGGCUGGGAUGCACGGAGUGCAUCGUCCUGGCCGCCAUGGCCCUGGACCGCUACAUGGCCAUCUGCAAGCCCCUGCACUACGCCAUUCUCAUGCACCGUGCUCUCUGUCAGCAGCUCGUGGCUCUGGCCUGGCUCAGUGGCUUCGGCAACUCCUUCGUGCAGGUGGUCCUGACCAUGCAAUUGCCAUUCUGCGGGCAGCAGGUGCUGAACAACUUUUUCUGUGAGGUGCCGGCCGUGAUCAAGCUGUCGUGUGCUGACACCGCUGUGAAUGACACCAUACUGGCUGUGCUGGUGGCCUUCUUUGUGUUGGUGCCCCUGGCUCUCAUCCUUCUCUCCUAUGGCUUUAUUGCCCGGGCAGUGCUCAGGAUCCAGUCCUCCAAGGGACGACACAAGGCCUUUGGGACAUGUUCCUCCCACCUGAUGAUCGUCUCCCUCUUCUACCUACCUGCCACUUACAUGUAUCUGCAGCCCCCUUCCAGCUACUCCCAAGAGCAGGGCAAAUUUAUUUCUCUCUUCUAUUCCAUAAUCACCCCCACUCUCAAUCCCUUCAUCUACACCCUGAGAAAUAAAGAUAUGAAGGGGGCUCUGAGGAGACUUCUGGCCAGGAUCUGGAGGCUCUGUGGAUGA